AUGACAACAUCAACUAAUAAUCAUGAUCAUGAUAUACCCAAAUAUCGAUUAGGUAUAAAACAAAUCAAGGCAAAAUCAGUAACUGGAACAAUUAUAAUGUUGGAUGAUCCAAAUGAUGAAAAUGAAACAAAUUCAAUGAAAAAAUCUUCAACUGGAGUUAUAUUAAAUCCUCAACCUCAAGAUUCUCCAAAUGAUCCAUUAAAUUGGUCUGUAUGGAGAAGAGAUAUUUGUUUAUUAGUUAUUGGAUUAGCAAGUUUUUUAGGUGGUGGUCAAUCUCCAAUUUUAGCAGCUGGUAUGUCUACAUUGGUUAUUGAAUUUAAAAAACCUUUAACUACUAUUUCAUAUUUAGUUGGUGGAUUUAUGUUAUCAUUGGGAUGUGGAUCAGUUAUUGCAAGUCCCACAGCUGUAUUAUAUGGUAAAAGAUUAGUUUAUAUUGCUGGAACAUUUAUAUUUAUGAUGGGGGCUAUAUGGGGAGGAGUUGCAAAAAAUUUUGGUAAUUUAAUGGGUGCAAGAGUUUUAACAGGUAUUGGAGCUUCACCAACUGAAUGUUUACCAAGUUCAACUAUUGCAGAAAUUUAUUUUGCUCAUGAAAGAGCUUAUAGAAUUGGAUUAUAUACUAUGUUAAUGUUGGGUGGUAAAAAUAUUAUACCACUUUUGUCAGGUUUAGUAUUUCAAUACUUGGAUAGACAUUGGUUAUUUUGGAUUUUAGCAAUGUUUUUAGGUUUUACUUUGGUAAUGAUUGUAUUAUUUGUUCCUGAUACAUUUUGGGAUAGAUCACCAAAACCUUCUAAAAGAUCAAUUCAAGAAACUCAAUUAGCAAGAUCAGUUGCAUCAUAUCAUCCACCAUCUCAAAGACCAAAUGCUUUUGCUUAUAGAACACAAUCAAGAAAUAGUUUAACAUCAUCAAUAGCUACUAAUGAACAAGAUGAUGAAAAACCAGUUGGUUUAACUGAGGUUACACAAGAAGAGAAAAAGCAUAGUUAUCUACAUAGUAUUAAGAUUUAUAAAGGUAGAUAUACUAAAGAUAGUUGGUGGAUGGUUGCAUUAAGACCAUUUGUAUUAUAUACUUAUCCACAUGUAUUAUUUGGUUCACUAACUUAUGCAUUAGCUGUUGUUUGGCUUAUUGUUAUAUCAGAAACUAUAUCAGAAAUUUUCAGACAUCCUCCAUAUAAUUAUGAUCAACAAACAGUAGGGUUAUUUUAUAUAUCACCAUUUGUUGGAGGUAUAUUAGGUUCAUUAUCAUGUGGAUUAAUAUCCGAUAGAUUAAGUAGAUUCUUAGUUUCAAAAAAUAGAGGAGUAUAUGAACCAGAAUUUAGAUUAUUUAUGAUUAUACCAUCAACGUUUUUUAUAGCUAUUGGACUAAUGGGAUAUGGAUGGUCUUCAACAGUUGAAAACCCAUGGAUUGCUCCAAUUAUAUUUUUUGGUGCUAUGUCAUUUGGUUCCUCGAUGGCUUCAACUACUGCUAUAACUUUUGCUGUUGAUUCAUACAAGAUGUUUGCGGCAGAAACAUUAGUUUCAUUCAAUUUUUUGAAAAAUUUCUUGGGUUUUUGUUUUUCAUUAUUUAAUAACAAAUAUGCAGAUAGUCAAGGUUACAAAGACGCUUAUGUAACUUAUGGAGGUAUACAAUUAUUUGUAAGUUUAUUUGCCAUACCUUUAUAUGUUUAUGGUAAAAAGAUCAGAAGAUGGACAGAUGAAAAAGAACUUAUGAGAAGUUUGUAUCAUGAAGAUAACGUACCACCAAGUAUGAGUUCAAAAUUUGAGGAAGAAUCAGUAGAGUAG